AUGAAAUGGGAGAAGUUAAAGCCUCCGGAGCCAGAUGAUCCCAUGUGCUGCUGCGAGUGUGAUAUCUACCAGUAUGGAUGCUGCUGUGACUGUGAAGAUCUGGACGAGGCCUUUAACAGGUGGCUGAAACACAAACCCCCUCACGGCGGAUGUCACUCUCUUGUUCUCGGAGCUCUGAUUGACAACCUGGAGAUCUCCAUGAUCCCGGCCCUGGUGCUGCUGCCUCUGCUGCUCCGAGCCGCAGCGCUGCACUACCUGCUGGGCAUCAUCAUCCUGACAGCCCUGCCCGGCCUGGUCCUCUGGUACUACUACGCCACGCACCGCAAGAGGAGACGCACCCUCUUCUUCCUCACUCUGGCGCUGUUCUCUCUGGCCUACAUGUAUUACCUCUUCAUCACAGAGAUCCUACCGCGUGGGGACAUCAGCCACCUGCAGCUGUGCACUGUGACUGCUGGGAUGAUCCUCACCAUCGGAUCUCUCAUUCACACCAAGAGAGGCCCAGGGUUUCACAGCACCUCCUGUCACAGCCAGAGUGAGGAGGUUAACAAGGACUCUACACAUCUAAAUGGAUCCAGCCAAUCAGGGGUCUACUCCACCUCUCCUCCUGCCCUGACAGAAAAGUGGAGCAGAUGCUGUGUGUGCAAAACAAUGCGACCCCCGCGGGCCGGACACUGUCGAACCUGUGGAUCCUGCGUCAAGCGUCUGGACCACCACUGUGUCUGGAUAAACAGCUGUGUCGGACAGGCAAACCACCGCAGUUUCCUGCUGACCCUCUUGGUGUUCGUGCUGACCUCUCUGUAUGGGAUCAGUUUGGUGCUUUGCAGCAUCUGUCCUCGGCAGUAUGUCAUGACGGCUCUCUUCUACUGCCCCGGUGUCUACAGCCAGUCCAGCUCAGCCCUUUGCUUCACGUGUGCGUGGUACAGCAGCAUUGUAACAGGUGGAUUGCUUUACCUGCUCCUGGUGCAGGUUCUAAAUAUCAGCUUCAACGUGACGGAGCGGGAGGCUCAGCUGGCUCUGAGGAACAAAACGGGCCAGAGCCGCCUGUGGGGACUCGUCAUCCACACAGGAGAGUAUUCUCGGGGCUUCUGUCAGAACUGGGUUGAGUUCCUCAGCAUGACAGAUGCCUCAGUGUCUCCUCGCUCCAGCCUCACUGACUUGGUCUAG